CCCCGCGCACGCACCGGCCCACUCACGUCGACUCGCGCUCUUGCAAGCUCACCCGCCGCCCGCCAAGCGAGACGCCCCCUACUGCAGAUAGCUCCCGCGCCCUCGCAGAAGCUGCGAAAAGCGAGAAGAGCUGCGAUUCCUGCCUGACAAGACCUCGUACUGCAUUUCUCAGCUGUCCGCCCCGCGCCCAGCACCGCCCAGCUCCACCCUCGCAGUUCGCCGAUACCUACGCCCCAGAGCCUCUGCCGAACAGGGCUCCCAUACCCGCAUAUCUACAUACAACCCUAAUCAGACGACGCGUCGCUAAUACACAAUGGCUGCUCCCGCGACCCAAUCCUUGAAGUGUGUCGUGACCGGUGACGGUGCCGUUGGCAAAACAUGUCUCCUCAUUUCCUACACAACGAAUGCCUUCCCCGGAGAGUACAUUCCCACUGUCUUCGACAACUACUCGGCAAAUGUAAUGGUUGAUGGCAAGCCUAUCAGCUUGGGACUAUGGGAUACUGCUGGACAGGAAGAUUACGACAGACUACGACCGCUCUCGUAUCCCCAGACCGACGUAUUCCUCAUUUGCUUCUCCAUCGUUAGCCCGCCAUCGUUCGACAACGUAAAGGCGAAGUGGUACCCCGAGAUCGACCACCACGCACCGGGCGUGCCCAUCAUCCUGGUUGGCACGAAGCUCGAUCUGCGAGACGACGAGGGCACCAAGGAGUCCUUGAGGCAGAAGAAGAUGGCGCCAAUCCAAUACGAGCAGGCGGUGAUGGUCGCCAAGGAGAUCAAGGCACAGAAGUACCUAGAGUGCUCUGCUCUGACACAGCGUAACUUGAAGAGCGUUUUCGACGAGGCAAUUCGCGCCGUCCUUAGCCCCCGCCCUCAACAAUCGCAGCAGAAGAAGAAGAGCAAGUGCACCAUCUUAUAAGCGGCGACGCUCGCAGCAGGCACGGCGAUGAUCUGGCACGAUCGUGGACAACCGGGAGCUUGAAUAUAAUGCGUCCAUCGAACCCAGCGUCGACCUGCAGAAACGAACAUACCCACCCUUCCCAGCACACUCCCACAGCGAGCCCGUCUUGCUGGUGCUGUUUCCUCAUACCCUCUACAUCGGCAUCUGCUUGAUAGCAUCUUGCAUACCUCUCGUGCGGCGGAUCGGACAGGGCAGUCUCUACGCUUACGAGCCGUUUUUUGCUGCAUUACUCUCCUUUGGCGCGGUGGACUGCGGAUCUGAAUUUAGCAUUUACGAUAGACCUUUGUCUUCUGAAUAUCACGCAUUGGUUUCUGAAAGCGUUCGGAUGUCAGGGCAGUGAAGUAUGAUGUUCGUGG